AUGCGCACCCACGAGACCCGCACGGAGGGCGUGCUCGACUGCACAGGCGCGCUCACCGUCCUCGCUACAAAGCUCACCGCUGUGGCGUAUAACUACCAGGACGGGCUCACGCUGCUGGAGGGGAAGGACGAAGGCGCGCAAGCCAAGGACGAGAAGGAGAGGAAGGAGUUGACCGAGGAGCAGAGACGGCGGGAGGAGCGGACAGAGCGCUCGCGAUUGGAGCGGCGAAAGGCGGCGCUGGUUACCAUGCCGUCGGUGCUGGAGCUGAUGGGGUAUCUGUUCUGCUUCGGGCUGCACAUGACGGGCCCGUUCUUUGAGUUCACGGCGUAUGACGACUGGACCCGGCGACAAGGGGUACGCUGUCAAACGUGGCAUGUGCUUCCAUGCCCAUGCAUACCUUGUCAACAAUGGAUAGGUGGUCUGGCUGCGGAUGCAACAUCCAUAUCACCGGGCUGUCUUGUGAUGUCAUCUCCCCGCACCUCACCACUCUGCGCGUUCCCGCCCAUCCCCUUCCGUCCUCACCACCUGCAGAUCUGGUCCGCGGGUGUCAAGCAGCCGCCCAUCCGCGCGCCAUUCUGCCGCGCGUUCAUCCAGGGCGUGCUCUCAGCGCUCGUCUUCCUGCUCGUGUCCCCCUCGCUCGACCUCACUCAAAUCAGCAACCUACACAAGAACCGCGCCCACCCCUUCCACGUGCGCUGGCUCGUGGCGCACCACGCGUGCAUCGUGUGGCGCUUCCGCGCGUACAUCGUGUGGAGCAUCACCGAGGCCGCCAUGAUCACCGCCGGGCUCGGCUUCACCGGCUGGGAGACCCCCACGGGGGACCCUGGGAAGGCCGGGGACGUGAAGUUGAACGGGGGGAAACUGGAGGGGGCGAAGGGGAAUGGGAAGGGCGGUGGGGAUGGGGAUGUGGGAAAGCAGGAGGGUGAUAGGACGUGUGCGACGCCUGAAGGGGAGGGGAGGCCGCUGUGGUAUCGGGCUCGCAACGUGGACAUACUGAGGGUUGAGUUUCCCACGAGCUGCCUCGACUUUGCUACCAAGUGGAACAUCUCCUACGGCCUCUGGCUUAGGCUCUACGUGUACGAGCGCAUGGUGCCGCCGGGCAGGAAGCCCACCUUCGUCCACAUGCUCGCCACCAUGUUCGUCAGUGCUAUCUCCCAUGGCUUGAAUUGCGGUGACUUCAUAUUCUUUGCCAAUUGGGCGCUUGUUGUUGCCAGCUCUAAAGCCAUCUACCAGCUGACGGCAGGAAUCCCCAAGGGCACCAUCACCCACCGCAUUGUGGCACUUCUUCAUACCCUCUAUAGCAUCUUCGUCUCUACCUACAUGGCCAGCGCCUUCUGC